AUGAAUGCAAUAUAUAUUGAAUUAGUGGAAGAUUCAUUAACUGAAUUUGUUUAUCCAGCACAACUGGGAGGACUUCAAUAUGAAUUAUCAGCUUUAAACUAUGGUAUUCAGUUAACUGUCCAUGGAUUCAAUCAUAAAAUACAACAAUUACUUGAUAAAGUUCUUGAUCGUAUGGUCAAUAUUAAAAUAGAAAAACAAAGUUUUGAAAUCAUAAAAGAAAAAGUAAAACGAUCAUUACAAAAUUUCCGUCGUGAGGUUCCUUAUCAAAUGGCACAUUUUGGUGUUACUUAUUUAACAGCUGAACAUCAAUGGAACAAAGAUGAGUUACUUAGUUGUAUUGAUGGCAUUACAGUGCAUGACGUAGAAGCAUUUAUUCCACGAAUGUUAACUCGAUUUUUCACGGAUUCAUUAAUGUAUGGAAAUUUAACAAAAGAUCAAGCACUUGAAUAUAUGACUUCAGUUGAACGAAAAUUUCAAGAAAAACGUUAUUAUCAACCACUUUUUCCUAGUAUGUGGUUUAGUCAACGUGAAUUAAUUUUACCUGAAGGCUGUAAUUAUGCAUAUUCAAUGUUGAAUGAUGCACAUAAAUUACAUGCAAUUGAAAUUUAUUUACAAUGUUUUCCGCAAACACUUGAGAACAAUGCAUUACUUGAAUUAUUUUGUCAUUUGGUUGAUGAACCCUGUUUCGAUCAAUUACGAACGAAAGAACAAUUAGGUUAUGUUGUUAGUGCUGGUGCACGUCGUUCACGUGGUGUACAAGGUUUUCGAGUUAUUGUUCAAUCAGCUCGAGAACUCGAUCAUGUUAAUCAACGUAUUGAAUUAUUUAUUGAAUCCAUGAGAGAUUAUAUUUUAACAAUGUCUGAUGAACAAUUUAAAAAGCAACGUGAAGGUUAUAUGGUUAAAAAACUUGAAGUACCAAAAAAAAUGCGUAGCCAAGGAAAUAAAUUUUGGACGGAGAUAACAAAUCAUCAAUUUUGUUUCGAUCGAUCGCAACUUGAAGUUGAAAUAAUCCAGAAUUUGGAACGCAAUGAUUUAAUUCGUUUCUAUGAUCAUUACAUUUCAUUAAAUUCAAUUCAUCGACGUAAACUGGCUCUUCAUGUAAAUCCAUCUUCAUUAGCUCUUCAAAAGCCUAACGAUGAAACAAAUAAUGUUGAACAAGAAUAUGAAACAACUGCUACUGAUGAAAUAGAAACUGAACAAGUAGAAGUUACUAUACCUACAGGCGCUAUACACGAAGAAAUAAAAUUAAUUGAACAGCCUGUUAUAAUAGAAAAGUUAAAUGAAACAACAACACAAGAAGCUGAAUACGUUUUACCUAAAAAGGAACUUAAUCUACCACAAGCUGAAUGGAUCGACAAUAUACAUGUUUGGAAAAGUAAACUGUCAUGCUAUCCACUUGCUCAACCAUAUGACAAAAUCGAUGUACCUGUCCUCUGUAAAUUGUAA